UAGCUAGCUAGCUGCCAUAGUUGUAGUUUUACGGUGCAGUGUUUGUUUUGCUUCUUCUAAGCUAAUAAGGUUCCCCCCUGGCCUCCCAUUAUUAUAGAAAAACAAAGAAGAAUUCAUCUUUCUAAGAUAUAUCAACUCUAAAGAAAGAAAGAAAGAAGGUUAUGAUGAUGAGGAUUCUAUAUGGUGUCAUCAUUAUGCACAUGUAACCAAUUUUCUUAUCAUCUUCUGUUUCUUUUCUCUUUUGUUUUUGUUGUUUUAGCUUCUGUUGUGCUGCACACUCAUUAAACAGUGUAGUUUUAUCUUGGGAUUUAGCUGUUUUCAGCAAAGCACAAAUCUUUUCAUCAAAUUUGUUUGUUCUUCCUUCUUCUUUUCUUCUUCUUUUUCUUCUUUAUUAAUUAAAAGAAAGCCAUGAUGUCAUCAUCUGAUGAUGCCCUUUCCUCCCUCACCUCCUCCAUGAGAGCCUUCAUUGGAAACAGCCAAGAUCCUAUCCAAAACCCUAAUCCGAACCCGAGCCCGAGCCCGAACCCUAACCCGAACAAGCGAAAGAGGAACCUCCCGGGCAACCCAGAUCCGGAUGCAGAAGUGAUAGCUCUCUCCCCCAAGUCAUUGAUGGCCACCAACCGCUUCGUCUGCGAAAUCUGCAACAAGGGUUUCCAGAGAGACCAGAACCUGCAGCUCCACAGGAGGGGUCACAACCUGCCAUGGAAGCUUAAGCAAAGAAACAACAAGGAAGUUAUCAAGAAGAAGGUGUACAUCUGCCCCGAGAAGAGCUGCGUCCACCACGACCCGUCCCGGGCCCUCGGCGACCUCACCGGGAUCAAGAAACACUUCAGCCGGAAGCACGGCGAGAAGAAGUGGAAGUGUGAGAAGUGUUCCAAGAAAUAUGCUGUCCAGUCCGAUUGGAAAGCUCAUAGUAAGAUUUGUGGGACGAGAGAGUAUAAAUGUGACUGUGGAACUCUUUUCUCCAGAAAAGACAGCUUUAUAACUCAUAGAGCCUUUUGUGAUGCAUUGGCUGAAGAGAGUGCCAGAUUCACUUCUGUACCCAAUCUAAACUUCCGGAACGAGCUGCUGGGAAAUCCUCACCAAUUCGGAUCUCAUGUUUUCCGGCAGCCGCAGAACGACCUCAUGGUGGGGGUGGACACGGGGAGUCAGCUCGGUCUCGAUGGGCAAAAGCCGAGGUUGCCGAUUUGGUUGGAUGCCAACGCGAAUUCUCAUCAUCAUCUUGGGAAUGCCAAUGAAUUUUUGGGAUCAUCUUCUAGCGGCGGCGGUGGAGGUGGAGGUGGAGGCGGAUUAUCCCAUCAUGAGCUCUUACAAAUGACGGCACCCUCAUCGAGUAUGUUGGGUUUAUCCUCACCGAAUCUAUGGUUUCACGGCGCGAGUGGUAGCGCGUCCUCCUCUUCGCUACCUCCUGUUCUGAAAGAGGAAGAUGAGAGUAAAAUGAGUUCCAUGUUCUACAACCACCUCCAAGAAGCGGCAUUGAAGACACCGCCGCCGCCCGCUCAUAUGUCGGCCACCGCUCUUUUGCAGAAAGCAGCCCAAAUGGGAUCAACUUGUAGCAACAACAAUAAUAACUCGCCUUUGUUUGGCGGUGGAUUCGGCUUUGGGGGGUCCACUAUUUCCUCUCUCGGUAGUUUCAGUUCAAGAAAUGAAGUUCAUCAUCAUCACAACCACGAUCAUCACCGUCACCAACACCACCAGAGUUUGAAUGGGUCGAUACUGAGUGCUCCAAAUAACAAUAAUCAAGGAAAUGAUCAUCACAGUUUGUUUUUCGGAGACAUGGAUUCUUCGCCGACUGGAAAUGGCGAAAAUUCUUCUUCUUCACAUGACCCUUCUUUGAUGUUGCAAAGUAACAAAGGUAAACAGUUCAAUCACACUAUGCCUGGUGGAAGUAGUGAAGUAGUUGAAGGGAGUUUGACUAGAGAUUUUCUUGGUGUUGGUGGGAAUGACAAUAGAACCUUUUUUCAACCCCAUGAGUUGGACAAAUUGGCCUCUACUUCCAUGCCCUUGAGUGAUUUUUCUAGACAUGGUUAAUGCCUGGCACACUCCCUUCCUGGUUCUAUUCAAUCUCAUCUUUUCCAUCUUCAUAUUGAAUUGAAAUCCAAAUCACACAUUGUCUCUUUGAGAAUCAAGCUUAUAGAUAUAUCCACAAUGUCAUAUCUUGGUGAGAUUUGCUCUCUUUGUCCUAUUUUAUUUAUAAAGUGGGUUUUUGAGGGGGCAUUAAUGAGAUGAUACAAUGUUGGGAAGUUAAUUGUAUGGGGAAGAUCAGAUUAUUGAGCUGAUCAAAGAGAUGAUUUUGGAAAGGAGAAAUUGAAUUGAACUUGGCUUUCAAGAUCUUGUGAAUUGUCAGAGGGGAGCAAGUGAGGGGUGGGGUACAGUGUGAGGGGUGGGGGUACACGGUGGGGCCCACUGCAUGCUUGAAAAGACUUGACCAAAAGCGACAUUGCAAUCACAAGGCAGGCAAGCUUUCCAAGCUCCAUCGUAUUACUUACUGCAUGUAGAAACAUUUUUCUUUUUUCUUUUUCUUAAAUUUAUUUUAUCUUUCUUUUUUGUUUUUUUGCUGGACCACCGCAAGCUUGUGACUAUAUAGGGACAAUGCUACAGUUCGAAGCAUAGUUUAAUUAUUUUUUAAUAAUGUUUUUUUGUUUGGUUUAUGUAGUAUUAUUCCAGAUAUGAACAUGCAUAUUUGAUUAAUUAGUUCAGAACUGUGUCACUUAUUGAGCUUAAUUUCUCGAAUUAUUAAUUGAUCAUAGAAAUUGGGAGGUGUGAGGAUUAA